CCGCCGCUGCCGUCCCCCGGCCCCGCCCCGCGAGGCGGCUGGAGGAGGGGGCUGUGGCCGGCGUGGGGCUGGGAAGAGGAAGCGGGGAAACGCUCCCAGGCGGCAGCAGCGGCGGGCGGGGUCACGAACUCUGACCUUUCACAGGGGCACGGCACAAAACCAAAACAACCCCCCCCACUAACAAAUAACACUACCCGAGCCCCCCCCUACCCCCCGCCCUCUCGGGCCCGUCGCCCAGCACCGCUGCCUAACAGGCCCGGUUGGACCCGGGUCACCGUCGGGGCACGUUUGGCGCCAAAGCCUGAGGUUCUCUAAUGAUCUUGCUUCACCAUGGCAACCAAUAUGGAAGUGCUGGCUCAGCAGAUAGUGGAGACACAGCAGGUGGCUGAGGUACAGACUGUUCAGACAUCAUUAUCUGAAUCUCCAGUGAUGACCAGCCCCUCUCAACGCAUCCAAAUUAUCUCUACAGACUCUUCUGUAGCUUCACCACAGCGCAUUCAGAUUGUGACAGAUCAGCAAACAGGACAGAAAAUCCAGAUAGUUACAGCAGUGGACUCAUCAGUGUCUCCAAAGCAACAGUUUAUCUUGACCAGUCCAGAUGGAACUGGAACAGGAAAGGUGAUAUUGGCAGCACCUGAAACAUCUAAUGCCAAGCAACUUAUCUUUACUACCACUGACAACAUUGUACCAGGCAGAAUUCAGAUUGUGACAGACUCUGCUUCAGUGGAACGUUUGUUGGGUAAAGCUGAUGUCCAGCGACCACAAGUAGUAGAAUAUUGUGUUGUUUGUGGCGAUAAAGCGUCAGGUCGUCACUAUGGUGCUGUCAGUUGCGAGGGAUGCAAAGGUUUCUUUAAAAGGAGUGUAAGAAAGAAUUUGACCUACAGUUGUCGUAGCAACCAGGACUGUAUCAUCAAUAAACACCAUCGGAAUCGUUGCCAGUUUUGUAGGCUUAAGAAAUGCCUAGAGAUGGGCAUGAAAAUGGAAUCGGUUCAGAGUGAAAGAAAGCCCUUUGAUGUACAACGGGAGAAACCAACCAACUGUGCAGCUUCAACUGAAAAAAUCUAUAUCAGGAAAGACCUAAGAAGCCCUCUCAUAGCAACACCAACAUUUGUAGCAGAUAAAGAUGGUGCCCGGUCAACAGGUCUUCUUGAUCCAGGAAUGCUUGUGAAUAUUCAGCAGCCAUUGAUACGGGAUGAUGGUACAGUCCUGCUAGCUACAGACUCCAAGGCUGAGACAAGUCAGGGUGCUUUAGGAACACUGGCAAAUGUUGUAACAUCCCUUGCCAGCCUCAGUGAGUCACUUAAUAAUGGAGAUACUUCUGAAAUCCAACAAGAGGAUCAAUCUGCAAGCGAGAUCACUCGGGCAUUUGAUACUUUAGCUAAAGCACUUAAUACCACAGAUGGCACAGUAGCUCAGAACUUGGCAGAUGGGAUGGAUCCUACAGGAGGAGGGAAUAUUCACGUAAUCAGCAGAGAUCAGUCAACACCAAUCAUUGAAGUGGAAGGACCCCUGCUUACAGAUACACAUGUCACAUUUAAGCUAACAAUGCCUAGUCCAAUGCCAGAAUACCUUAAUGUACAUUACAUCUGUGAGUCGGCAUCACGACUGCUUUUCCUCUCAAUGCACUGGGCUAGAUCCAUCCCUGCUUUUCAAGCACUUGGACAGGACUGUAACACAAGCCUAGUUCGUGCCUGCUGGAAUGAGCUAUUUACCUUAGGCCUAGCACAAUGUGCCCAGGUGAUGAGCCUAUCUACUAUCCUAGCAGCUAUCGUCAACCACCUGCAGAACAGCAUACAGGAAGAAGUAGAAGAACCAGACGUAUAUGUAGCCAGAAAAUUACAGAAUACUACAUAUGUCAUGAAACUAGCAAGGAUUAGUACCAGGAUGAAGCUGAAAAGUUUGAUACGUGAUAAGCUUUCCGGAGACAGAAUAAAGCAAGUCAUGGAACACAUCUGGAAACUUCAGGAGUUCUGUAACAGCAUGGCCAAGCUUGAUAUUGAUGGAUAUGAAUAUGCAUACCUUAAAGCUAUAGUCCUCUUUAGCCCUGAUCACCCUGGUCUGACAAGUUCAAGCCAAAUAGAAAAAUUCCAAGAGAAGGCACAGAUGGAGUUGCAAGACUAUGUCCAAAAAACCUAUCCGGAAGAUACUUAUAGGUUAGCCCGGAUUCUAGUUCGCCUGCCAGCACUUAGACUGAUGAGCUCUAGUAUUACAGAGGAACUUUUUUUUACUGGCCUCAUAGGAAAUGUUCCGAUUGACAGCAUAAUCCCAUACAUCCUCAAAAUGGAAACAGCAGAGUAUAAUGGUCAAAUAACUGGCACGUCUGCAUAGUCGGAACAAUGCAUCUUGAUGGAUCAAAGUAAUUUUAGUUAAACAAGUAACUACACAAUUAAGAUAAAUAAGUUGAAAAAAAAUGACAUUUUGGUAUGUACAAAUAUUUCCAACAUGUUACCUGUUUCCUACCAGACUGCUCCUUGACUAUUUAUUUCCAGUGACAAAGUAUAAAAAGCUAUUAAGACACCUCCAGCUAGGACCCUUUUCUGCCACAAGGAGUGUUUUGAUGCCUUUCAUUCAAAAGGCUGUAGAUUACUGAAUAUACUUUUAACAUGCUUUGUAUUUAGAAAUUAUCAAUGGGCAAAAAUAGAGUUUUAUAAUGUCAGAGAUUAGUAUUAAAAAUUGCUAAAAGAAGAACAGUAUGUAUAUAUUUAAAUUUGUCCUUGGAAUUAAUAUCUAAUAAUUACCAGGGUAUAAUGAUGAUAGCACUUUCUAAGCACUUCUUGUCAAAGCGAUAAUGUCAUCAACAUUUUACUUAUGAGCAGGGCAAAUGGAAAAUUGCAUAUGUUUUUGGUCAAAAUGCUAGUAAUUUCUGUGAAGGCUAUAGGAGACAAUCAUUUAUACUACAAAAAAUUGCUAUUAAUAAUGUUAUGCAUUUAAUGGUAAAGUGGAAAUUUAAAGCAAAUUUCUACACUGUUAGCACUAAACUCUGCUAAAUUAGUGAAAAUGAGGUUUAUUUGACAUAAUCAUAAUAACUAUAGUAUAAUUAGCAGCAUUAAUAAAUGCUACCGAAAUUGCCCAAAUUGGAAGGCAGAAUACCAAUUUCUUGCCAUAGUAAUAAUGAAACUUUCAGAUUCCUGAAAGUUUCAAUUCCAGCCUGGCAUAGAUGUUUACACAGUCAUGAUAGAUGUUAUUCCAACAGGAUGACUUUUGGUUGUGGGGGAAAUCAAUCAUGGGGGAAAGCAGUCAUUAACUGGCAGGGAAGCAAUCCUUUCAGAUAAAGUCAUGCACUCCUAGGCUCUGUGUAUACUUUUUAUAUUUCCAAAUUCAUUCCUUCUGUCUGCAGCCCUAAAUGACCCUCACCAUCCUAGGAGCCAAAGGGGAUGAUUGUGACUUUGUUAGAGCCCAGAAUGCUGCUGUCAGCUAAGGGAUAUGUGCAGAAUAUGAGAUUCUCUUCCUUUCCCAGGGACUGAGCAUCCUGUCUUUGCAGUGCUCCCUACCCGUUCUGACCCAGUUCUAAAUUGGAGUGUCAGCUGGGUUUUUUAUAUUCAUUCAUGUGCAGUUACAGUUAAUGAUGAUUGUUUGGAGUUAGAAUACUAACAAUCUUUGUUUUUAUCUUGGGUAGUAACCUAUCAAGUUGUUUUAUAGGAUUCACCUGUUCCUGAUAAUAUUGCAUUUAUUUUAGUAUAAUUUAUUAAUAUUAACACUGAAUAUUUUAAACAAUCAAAAUUCAUAAAAAAGCAUUUUGUCAGAAGAGUUAUAGCUGCAUUAAGCUGAUUCUUGCUUAUUACAUACAUUCAUUAAUUACUUUAAUGAAUUUACAUGGCAGUGUCAUUUUCUACUUGUGUGUGAUAAAAACAUAAAUAAUGAAUUCAGCACUUUUUUGUUUCUGGUAUUGGCAUUGAUUUAGAAACAUUCCAGCAGGCUAGGUUUUUGUCUCUAAAGGGUCUGAACUAUAGCCAAAGGAUUUUGAGCAACUCCUUGCUAAUGUAUUAGUAAGUCCUGUCUUGGUACAAUUCACCCUUAUUGUAAGGCUCUCAUUUGUAACACUCAUUCUGAUAAGUGAGGCUAUGUAAUUUUAGCUCCUAUGUACAUUAAACUCAAAUAGCAUCUCCAUCUUUAUAAAGUUCAGAAAUCUUGGUUCUCAAGAAGAGUGGUAUAGACAGAGUACAAUGUAAAGGCAGACAUCUGCAAUACUGCAACAUCUUCCUAGGCUUUUAUUAUAGUAAAUUAAGUUUGUCAUUUCUUUAAAAGUGACAAGAGGCCCUAUAUUUUGAACGUCCUUAGGCCAACUGGAAUGCAGACCUAAGCCUUACCAUUAUAUUAUAGUGUCACUAGUUAUAGGCUUGUGUCAGCACUUCUGAUAUAAAACCCCUGUUUUAAUGGUUUACUACCUGGCCUUAGAAAUUAGUUGUGGCCUGAAUUUUAACAUACAAGGUUGUUCUGUUGGAAACAGAAUUUCAAAGAAAAGUUAUGGCCAUUUUUGUGCAAAAGUGAAUGUUAAAGGUUUACUGUUUUGCUUGUUUAUUUAAAAAUAUAGAGUGCACAUUGAACUGUUUUUUGUGGGGGGGAGCUUAUGGCAAAAGAUUAGCAGGUGAUAUUUAAUCACUUGUAUAGUAAAAAUAAUUAAAACAGUCAAGUAAGCAUUUUAGAGGAGUGUGAAAUAUUCAUAAACAAAAAGUAUAGUAAACCACUGUAAAUCAACAUUUUUCCAGAUUUUAUUAUAAACUUGAGACCGUUUUAAUGAAAAAUGUUGUUGGACAUGUACAUUUCUCAAGUAAAGGGUCUCAUUUGCUGGUAAAGAUGAGCCCAGGCUUGAGUAAAAAUGGCUUCUCUGUUGAAAAUGUGCAAAAAAUUGUGUUUGUUUUUUCAUUGUGAAAAUAGCCAUUUUGAAAAAGGAAACCCACAUAAAACUAAGCUGUGGAGUAAAAUCACAUGAAACUGCUAACAUUUAUGCAUAAAAUUUCAUAAAUCAAAAAUGAUGAAUUUUUGCACAGCUCUGUUAACAUGUAUAGAAUGCAUCCUACAAACAUAGGACUAUACUGUUCGUACCUUAUUCUGCAAGUAGUUUCAUGGACUUCAGGAAGACUUUAUGUAGAGUAAAAUGCUACUGAGUGUGAGUAUGGGUAUUGCAAUCGAGCCCAUACUUAGGAUUUAUUUUUUUAAAGUGUAAAUGUACUUAAUGGAUAGAGUGAAGCAGUUCCAUAAUUACACUUUUAUUUUAAAACCCUCAAAUUACCACCUUUAAACUAUGAAGACUCUGUUCGUGUAGCGUCAUUGACAUGGUUUGUCAGAGCCGAGCUAACGUAGCUCCCAUGUCAUUAAUAAAAAAGAAUGUUUUCUAUAAUCAUAUGUUGUUUUGAUUUUAACACAAACAGUUUAGAUGGUAGAAAUUUGGACAGCAGAUGGUGGAUCCCACAGUUUAGGAGAUAUUCAGGGUCUCAGCUAUUUGAAUACAAGUUAUAGAUAAUAGGAAAAGUGUGGAUAAUAAGCUUCAUGCUUCUUUUUCACAUGCUGCUCAAGAGCUACCAUUAACACUGAGCCAAUGAAUUGGUAUGCUGGAGAGAGAGAGAGAUGCUGUAAAAGAGGCACUUAAAAUAUUAUUGUCCUAUUUAAAAUUAUAGGCCAAACUCUAUUGUGGUAUGGCUUUUUUGCACCAAACCACUGAGGUCAUCUAGCUGUGGAGCCAUCUUAACUGGCUCCAGAAGGACCAUCCUAAUAUAAGGCUGAUCUACCGGAGGGAUGGAGCUGAUUUAGGGGUUCUUGUGCCAUUCCAGCCACCUGUGACUGGGAUAGCAAGGGAAAAAGGCAUGUCUGGGGAAAAUGGAGCAUGACCAAGUUGCUCCUGCAUUAUGCUAAUCAUUGGCUGUCUUUUCAGUUCCUUGUGGCCAUUGCAACUCACGUGCUGUUUCAACAUAGCACAGGGGGAAUGGCCUGCACACAGCAGCUCCCAAGAUCAUAGGAGUGCAAAGGUGAGCUUUCCGUCAUCUUUGCACACCACUGACCAACACUCUUCACAGUUAGGCUGCCACAUAGGACCUGAUUCCAUAUGUUCAAAUGGUAAUUUCCUUGCCUAUGUUACUAAUAAUGCAUGUGAUUCUUAAAACUGAAAGCGUAUUGCAAGUGUAAAUUAUUUUCUGCCAUUUAUUGGCUUGUUUGUGUACUCUUUCUAUUUCUUAAGGAUUGGACAAUGAGAAUAGACUAGUCUGGUUCACUUUGGUUUCUAGUCAAUUGCGCUUUAAGUUUCUCCUCUCUAAGCACAAGACUGCACUUUUGUAUUGUAAAUAUAGAUUGGGAAUAUUUUUGUUUGUUUUUCUUUUGAAAUAGCAACCACAGAAUUAUUGGAAAUAUUUGUGUUGGUCUUAAACUUGGUAAAAACUUACUUUUACAAACCUAAUUGUGUGGCCAGAUGUGACCUGACAAAAUGAGGAGCCAAAGUACCAUAGCCUGAUGGUAAUUCUAGAAAACCUUGCAUCCAGGUAAAGUUCCUGCUAGUGCCUCAAAAUUAACCCUUCUUCAAAACCUGCUAAAAUCUCAUUGUGCUGCUUUUAAAAGUAAAGAGUAUUUAACUCAGUAGAAGUGUCAUGGUGAAUCAAGCUUGACCAUCCGUAUAUAGCAGUAAGAUUUAGUUCAUACAAAAACUGAAAUUCUGUGUUGGCUGAAAUUGUUUGGAAUGCAAUAAGUGAUAAUAACUCCCAAGUCUGUUGACUAUCAGGGUAUGAUGUGAGGCCUGUUUUCCCAUUCUUUGAAGAAAGAUGUGAGUUUGGAGUUUGUAUGUGGGUAUAAAGGAAUGGUUAUUGACAGUUAUGAAGGGUUAAUUUGGGUAUGCAACAUUUGGGCUAUUUUUAUAAGAUUUGUAAUAGUUUUUACUGUAUAUGCACCUAAAACAAACAGGCAUAUUUUAAAAAUCUAAAUAAAAGUAAUUCUCCUUAGUCACACUGACUUGUUAGACUGCAAGCAGGAUUAAGAUUAGAUUAUUUUCCUUUCACUUCCACUAUUUGUAAAUUAGAAAUCACUCUUGGAAGCCAAUGGUGUUAUUCUGAUGUAAAACUGGUGGAAGGGAAAGGAGAAUCAGAGUCCAAAUCUUUAGAUGGGACACACAGACCCAGAUUUUGACUCAUCUUAAAACUGUUAGAAUGUAGACAAUGUUUAGAUUAUAACGGCCCCAUGCAGCAGAAAACUGACUGCUGGCCAAUGGAAGUUUUGGCUGGCUGUGUAGUCACAUUUUUGGCAAGACUCAUCAUUGACCUACAACCCCCUUGCACUGUAAUUCCUGACACAAAUGGACUGUAGGGCAGGCAUAAAGUCCGUUAAUGAAUAGCAUUGGCUCAAGGGGGAUUCUGUGCCAGGAAUCGAGCUGGGUUGCUCUGCCCCCCAUAGAAGCCUUUGGCACUGGGUAUGUUCUGGGGUAUAUUGGGGUAGGAGGAGGCUUGGCCAGAGCACCGCUUCGCUCUGAUGAUUUCCCAAUGUUGCAAAACCCAUAAGGGUCCUAAGCUGCACAAGGGGCUAACCAAUCCCUAGCAUGUCCUUAUUAUGAGAUGUUUUUUCUUUGGUGGAGGUUGUAUAAUGCUGAAAACUGCACCCUUUUCAUUGUCAGGUGUAUCGAAUGGGGUUGUUGAAAUGAUGUUAGGAAACACUGAACAUUUUCAGAAUAUUCUCCCACCUCAACCUCUAUAUGGGAAGGAGUGGUAAUUAGGAUCUUUCCCUGACUGACUGACAUUUUUAAUCAGGGAAGAAUUUUAAAAGCACUACCUAGCUUAAAGAACUGACUGACAAUGCCCCUGUGAAUGGAUUUCAGCCAGGAAGAGGGGGGCCUGUCUGUCUAAAGAGUCACCUAUAGCAAGUGGAGAUCAGAAAAGCCCUUCUGCAAUAGCAAAAGGGAUGGGGCACCCAAUCCAUAUCAGACAAUUCAGGAGUUAGCAUUGGUAUGUGUACACACACGCUUCAAGCAAACCUUUUAACACACUAGAUUCUCAGAACUGUGCUGACAUCACUGCCAUUCUCAAUUACAUUUAAGGCACCACUGACAUAAACAAGAAAUUAACAGAUAUCAUAGUUCCAAUCAUGGCCUCAGCUGCUCACUGCUGGUAUUGGGGGAUGUCUGCCCAUACACAGGGAGACAUCUAACUACAUGCCAUAACAAUACUGCCCCAAGGCUUAAAAUGCAGAUUUAUCAGCAAGUAUUUGAAGGUUCAAAUCUCCCUAUAGGUAAAGGAUUUUCUUUUUAAUUUUGUUUUAUUUUCCUUAAUUUGAUUUGACAUUUUUCUCUUUCAGUCCUUAUCUGGAAAAUUUAAAAAAGGGUGUGUGGGUUUGUUUUUCCUUCCUCCUCUCUUACCCUUGAAAAAGCAGAGAGAUUGGAAGAAAAGCACCAAGUAGCCUCAGGUACAUCUCCGAAUUUAGUUCCAGGAGUGCACCAGACCCACCUGAUAGCAGCAGCACUGCAGCUAUCAUGGUUGGCUCCCUGUGUAAGCAUAGACUUACACAGCAUAGCAGAGAACAUCUGCGGUCACAAUACAUCUUUGUACACAGAUAGAGCCAGCAAAAGAAGCUAUGUUGGCUUCUACUUCAUACAAAACGGGAGAGGGGGAAGGUCAGAGUUACCAGAUACAGAAAGAUAAACUGAGUAAUAAUAGAAAUGUUACUUUCAAAUUUGCAAGAGGGCCUUAUAAAGAUCGAGGAGUGAAAAAUCAACAACUAUUUUAAAAAGGUGUUUGACAUUCCCCCUUUAAUUCUGAAAUUGCUGUGUCAAUUGAAAGGUGUCUUUUAUAGGACUGUCAAGCCCCUUAGAAAUAAGGCUACGUUUGUUUGUUUUUUUACUAAGGAUGCUCUAAUCCCCUUUUUAGCCUGUGUGAUAUAAACCCACCUUAAUGGUUAUCAGUAUUAAAUGUGAAAUUAUUUUGUAAACAAUUAAAAUGUUAGCCUUAAUGAAGAUGGAAGUUAAAAUGGAAUACACAUACAAAAUUUUUAAAAAGUCAAAUAUAUUGGAAUUGGAAAGCACUAUUGCCUAUAAUUUCCUUAUUGUAGGGCUCUCUAUUUAUUGUGAAAUCUGUACUGUAUUUAUCAUAGAAAAUAUCCAUGUAAGUAUAUCACAGUGUUCCAUAUUUCCCAAUGUCUAACUUACUAUUUGGGUUAUGUGAAGGCUUUGAAAAUGGAUUACUGUGAUCUUUAAAUUCAUGAUUUUCCUCCCCCAUUUUUUUUAAUAUAGUUUUUUUUAAUAUUUCUUUGUGCCUUCUACCAUUGUAUAUUUCUGCAUGUUUAGUAAUAGAGCUCAUUCAUGUAGCUAAUGCAUAUGUACAUAGCUGUAUGUAUGUGUGUUUGAAUGUAUUCAUAUCUAGCUCUGUGUAAUAUAUUAUGUACAGUGUAUAUAAAGUGUGUAUGUAUAUGUACAUAUAUGUAGCCAUGUAUUCAUACAUUUUUAUAUGUUAAAAGAAAGUUUAUGAUUGGGUUGCUAAUCAGGGCCUUCCUAAUUUUAAUUUCUUGGUCCAGACUUGGCCCUGCCGUAAGCAGGAUCAUCUCCCUUAACUUUAGUAGAGUUCUACCUGUUUCUAAACCAAGGCUGAAUUUGACACUUUGUCCGCAGUGCUUUUUUAAAAAAUCUGUCAUUUGAGGUUUUCACGUUAUUUUCUCAGCCUUUUCUGAUGGCUGGUAGGAGCCAUCCAAUUGAGAGUUAGUAGAAUCUACAAUUCCCAAGGGAAAACAUAAAAUAAAAAUAGUAAAUAUUCUCUUAUAUUCUUGAUAGAUGCAGUGGGGCUUUUUCUAGCCCUCUGAGAGAGAUCUAUUUGUAAAGUUUUAAAGUGAUUUCUUUAAGUCUCCAUUAGUGGCUAAUUAGAAGAAAGGCUGCCAUAUAUCUUUGAACUAUACCCCCCAGAAUAAAGUAAAAGGCAGAAUGCAAUGCAUGGUGCAAUAAAUGUCAUUUCUAAAAUCUUCAACAACAAGACCAUAACAGUCAUGUCAUACAGUUUAAGACCAGAAGGGAUCACCAGAUCAUCUAAUCUGACCUACUGUAUGUCACAGGCCAACAUCAUCAUCCAGCACCCGCACACUAAAUCCAACAACCGAAAUUAGACCAAAGUAUUACAGCCCACAGGAAACUAAACUAUCGUGUAUCAUAGGCAAAUAGGAGGGAGUAAGGUGCACAAGUGCCUGAGGCCCCUGCAGUGGCAGGGAAAUGAUUUAGUGAGAUAUACACAGAUAAUCCUGGCAAGCAAUGUGCAUCCGCAUGCCACAGAAGGAGGCAAAGAAACCCAGAGGUUUCUGCCAGUCUGUCCUGGGGGGAAAUUCCUUCCUGAUCCCACCUAUGGCAAUCAAUUAGACCCCGAGCACCUGAGACAGAGAUGAUCAGUGCCUCCUCAGAGCCCUGACCCACCCUGCCCAAUGUCCCAUCUCCAGCCAUGGCCAUCCCGGAUGCUUCAGAGGAAAGACAUUAAAAAAGCCACCCAGAAUACAUUGUGGGACGGAAUCCCUUCCUCUCUGCAGGUGGGUAGCUGAAAUCCUGAAGCAUGAGAUUUUAGGAACAUGAGACAUAAACUGGAAAUGAGCUCCAGAGCUACUGAGUCCUGCCCCCUACCAUCAGAAGCAACCCUGAAGCUGCACUCAACAAUUUGUCCAGUUCUCUCUUAAAAGCAAUGAAGUUGUUUGCCCCCACAACUCAUAUUGGAAGGAUGUUCCAGAGCCUCACCCCACUGAUGGUUAGAAACUUUCUUCUAAUUUCUAGCCCGAAUUUGUUCAGGGCCAGUUUAUGUCAAUUUUUUCUAGUGCCAACAUUGUUCAUGAGCUUAAAUAGGUCUUCACCGCCCGCCCCCUUGCCAGAAUUAACUGCCUUAAUGUAUUUAUGGGAAGUAAUCAUAUUCCAGUCUUUUCUCAUAAGAGAGGCCCUCCAUUCCUCUGAUCAUCCUAGUAGCUCUUCUCUGUACCAGUUUGAACUUAUAAUUAAUCAUUUUUUAACCUGGGUGACCAGAAUUGUACACAAUAUUCCAAAGGAGGCCUUACCAGUGCCUUGUACAGUAGUAUAAAUACGUCUCUAUUUCUACUGGAAAUGCUUCGCCUGAUACAUCCUAGGAUUGCAUUUGCCUUUUGCACAGCAAUAUCACAUUGGUGGCUCAUAGUCAUCCUGUGAUCAGCCCAUACACUCAUGUCUCACACUUCCUCUGUCGCUUACAACUGAUGAGCUCUUAGCUUGUUGCAGAAAUUCUUAUCAUUAGUCGUCCCUAAGUGCAUGACAUUGCAUUUUGUAUUAUUUAAUUUCAUCCCAUUUCUGUCACUCCAGUCCUCGAGGUCAUCCGGAUCGUCCUGUACAAUAUUCCGAUCCUCCUCUGCAUUGACAAUGCCUCCCACCUUUGUGGUGUAAAAUGUCCAUUUUUUUAAUAAUCAGUAUGCUAAAUUAUCCGAUUAUAUGGAAAUUUAAAUUAGAGUAAGCCCCAGAAUUAGACUACAUUCCUCUACACUGUAUUCCUUGUUUCUAUCGCAGAAGGGCUGAGAGGAGUGUGCUGAAACAGUCCUCUCACAUGCUCUAUUUCUAUAAAAAUAGAGAUCAGUGGAAACCAGACUGAAGAAAAUGAUCAGUCAGAGAUAGGUAAGGCAACAAAAUUGUCCAUAUGAGAUUCAGUUUUUAAUGUUUUCUUCAAUAGUUUAAAAAAUAAAACAACUUCAGUUAGCUAUGCAAGUAACAUCCAGUUAUGGAAAUUAAAUGCUCAGAAAACUGAACAAUUAUAUUAUUACUGAUAAAAACAUGAGAAGCACUGAACUCUAUCACAAAGAAUUUCUGAAAUUCAUUUUGUUCUGAGGUUAAUGUAAUUAUUUUUGCACAAGACUUUUUAUGUAAAUCCAAGUUAGCUGAAAGGAAAAUUAACAAGAUCUAAAGACCUUUCAGUAACUUAAGUGGUUAAAAUAUUCUCCCUUAGAAUAAUUUUGUACAUAUCCUGGGCCCAAAUCUUUGAGCACUCCAUGUGCUCAACUCCCAUUGCCAUCUGAAGUCAAGGGGAACGCCUCACAUGCGUAAGCUUUUGCAGGAUCAGGGCCUUGGAUGUAAAGUCUUUGCUGUGAAGAAUACUAAGAAUGUGUUCCUUUUUGCCAUACUGUUUAAUAAACAUAUGUAGACUUUGUUUCAAAUAUUGACUUUGUUAAACACCCAUCUUUUUAACAUUUCAAGCCCAAUUUUUGAGGCCUUCUGCAUGUAAAAUGCCCAUUUAAAUCAAUGGGAGAAUUUCUUGCAUAAGUUGGCCCUUCCUUUGGUGUCAUGACAAUCAUAUUGUUUGAAUAUUCUUGCUUUUCUGUUGCAAAUAGAAUGGCAACCUUAAUGUCUUUAAAGGUUUGUUGUUUUUUUUCAAUAAAAUGUUUUAAGGUUAAGAAAUGGAUUGGGGUGUUGAUCAGCAUUGCAGCCAUUUCAAAGAAUAAUAAUUAAACUGUGAAUUUAAAAAAUAAUGCCCAUAUUCUAAGACUGAAGGGUUAUGGAACUCACAGGUUUGAAUUUUUUCUCUUUUGAAAGACAAAAUGUGCUUAAAUAUAAAUAUGGAUGAAAUAUGUUAUGUACUAUCUUGCAGGAACUACAAGAUGUGAAAUCAGCUUCCUGUAGUGUUCAGAGACAGCCAAAUUCUGAGAAGCGCUGAGCAGCUUCAAUUCCCAUUGCAGGUGCUCUGCACCUCUCAGUAAUUGGCUCAUUGCACAUAAAAAUCUGUUCCUAGAAACAUCUAUUACUGCUAAGCAGG